UUAAUAUCAUGUAGUAAUACGCGAUGGGGUGCGAAAUUUAGAUAAACCUGCAAACCCACCGUACGAUUGGUUAAUAACUGACAUGGUCCGUAUGAAGUCUGCCUGGUACAAAACAUGGUAUGUGGAGAUGGAUGAAGUGUAAUCUGUGGAUUUCAUGAAUUUGAUACCCACAGCGUUUUUGCGAAUUUUAUUAGUAAUACUUCAAAGGACAACACCACAUUUUGAUAAAUUGCAUAGUGAUUGAUAGGAAUUCCUCGUAUUACAACAAGCAAUUAUUUUACCAAAUAUGGCAACAUUACAUACCAAACAUUAGUGUAAAUAGUGUAAACCCGGAGUUGGGAAUUGAAAUAUACCAAUUUGGUUGAAAUGUCAAUUUACAUAAUUCACGAGAGAUGGUGAUGAAAUUUAGCGUAGUCAAAAUGGCAAGCAGAGACUCUUCUGCUGCUAUGAAAAACACUGAUGACCACAGCGUCGAGACACUGGCAGAAGUUUUUCGAUGUUUCAUUUGUAUGGAAAAGCUGAGGGAUGCUCAUCUUUGUCCACACUGCAGCAAAUUGUGUUGCUACGUUUGCAUCAGGCGCUGGUUGACAGAGCAGCGUUCCCAGUGCCCCCAUUGUCGUGCAUCUCUCCAUCUCCAUGAACUUGUUAAUUGUCGUUGGGUAGAAGAGGUGACUCAACAACUUGAUACGCUUCAAGCUGUCGGCAUAUCCAAUUCACGUCAUGACGACUCAUCAAGGGAUAGGUGCACAACUCAUCAUGAAAAAUUAUCAGUUUAUUGUUGGACAUGCCGUCGCUGUAUCUGCCAUCAGUGUGCCUUGUGGGGCGGUACACAUUCUGGACAUACAUUUAAACCAUUGGAGGAAGUUUAUGAGCAGCAUGUUACUCAAAUUAAGGACGAAGUUGGACAGCUGAAACGACGGCUCAUGGAACUGAUAAGUCUUGUACAAGAAGUGGAAAGGAAUGUCGAGUCUGUGAGAGCAGCAAAAGAUGAGCGAGUGCGUGAGAUAAGGAAUGCUGUUGAGUUAAUGAUUGCUCGUCUCGAUUCUCAAUUAAAGGCCAAACUUUUGACUUUGAUGGGCCAGAAGAAUUCUCUCACUCAAGAAACUGAGCAACUUGAAGCCCUCCUACAAGAAGUUGAACACCAGCUCCAUUCGUGUACCCGUUCAGAACUUAUCGUAAAAAGUGCAGAGCUCUCUCGAAUGAUACACCAAGUCCGAAAAAAACCAAUGGCUAGUUUCGUCACUGCUCCUGUACCUGCCGAUUUUCACAGUGAAAUUGUGCCAGGGUAUGAUAGCGCUACGUUUGCAAUGCAACAGUUUACGCAAUUGCAACUUAAAGCAGAUCCCGUCUACUCGGCGCCGCUGCAUGUCAAUGGCCUGUGCUGGAGGUUAAAAGUUUAUCCGGAUGGAAACGGAGUAGUCCGAGGAAAUUACCUUUCUGUCUUUUUAGAGCUCAGCGCCGGAUUGCCGGAAACAUCAAAGUACGAGUAUAGAGUUGAAAUGAUACAUCAGGGCUCCAGGGACACGAGUAAAAAUAUAGUACGAGAGUUCGCCUCUGAUUUCGAAAUUGGAGAAUGUUGGGGUUAUAAUAGAUUCUUUAGACUGGACUUGCUUGCUACUGAGGGAUAUUUGAACACAGAAUUGGACACUCUGAUAUUAAGAUUCCAAGUGAGACCACCAACGUUUUUUCAACGCUGUAGAGAUCAGCAGUGGUACAUCAGUCAAUUAGUCACAGUUCAAAAUCAGUAUGCGACGCAAAUAAAUGAGCUCAAAGAGAGAUUAGCUAUCGAAAUAUCACGGAAUGCAGUGACAGCUACAAGAGCAAGUAGCGGAGCAACUGCGUGUGAUCCAUCGGCAGAAUCCAUUGGGACAUCGUCCACCCAGCAGCCGCAACUGCCGGGUGCAGGAGACCCUAUUCUCAGUCCCAACUGCGUCCAAUUGCGUAUUUUUGAUCCCUUCUCACCGGUUAACAUCACUUCCACCAGGUCAAUACAGAAUAUGGUGCCUAGUGGAAGUCUAAGUGGCACAGGAAAUGGAAGCAGAAUUGCUUCUAGCAGCACGGCGCAGCUGUUGCCAAUGUGUGAGCUGAGAGAUCUAAAAAAUAUUCGACUUCUUGGUUCAGUUUCCACAUUGUCUUCACUUUCUUCCAAAGCAAGUAUAAAACAGCAAAGAGCUGGUAGUACAAACACAGCAACGAGGUCUCCAAGGCACGGAGGUCCUUGUCAAUCGGACGGGCCAGCAGGAGAUUGUCAGGCUUUGGUGACCCAUUCACCAGUUCCAUCCCAUUCCUCUCCUACCAUGCCUAAUCAGCAGCCUUCCACACUUUCGUCCAGCAGCAGUAGCAGUGAUAGCGGCGAACUUAGCGAACACGACAUAUAUUUGGAUGACUGUGAUCACCGUGAUGCUAAUCUGGGAAUUUUGGACGACAAUUCCAAUGACGAAAAUGACGUUGACGACGAAACUAUGUCAGGAGAAAAUGAUGUUGAAGCUGCAGAGUCAUUGGUCGCAUGGUUACCCAGAAAACGAGUCGAGUCACAAGAGGCUAGUGAAAAUUUGGGAGCAGCUAGCAGGUUGCGAAGAAGUGAUGGCUUGGAUGAUGAAAUAAUGCUCCUUCACUUGUUUGAAAUGCAAGAUCGAAAUUCUACCUGGAGCGACCCAUCUUUGUGGUCCUCGUCAUUGGGUCUAAACCGUCAUCUGGAUGAAAAUUGCGACUCUAAAAAUGUUCCAGCAACAUUCCAACACACUGGAUCAGUAUCAAUGCAUCAAGGCACAAUGACUCCGACUCACACUGUAGCCAAUUGCAAACACAAGCAUUCUGAGUUGGAUGUUUUGCAUGCUGGUCCGAAUUUCCCUGGACCGCAUAAGUCUCGAUCGGCUGCUCAUUUAUGUCAAUCUCAACUGCCAUCCGAUCAAAGGCCUGAAUUAACUCAAGCUGAUAAUGCUUUCCAUCAAGAUAGUACCAAAGCUAUCGCUUCGGGAAGUCAGACAAUUAGGUCCGAAUCUACAACGCGCUCAAACUCAGUAGAUUGUGAAAAAGAUGUGACGGCGAAUGUAUCAGGAAGUCAAAAUGCGGAUGCAAAUGUGUCUACAACAUCUGACUUGAUGGUACCAGAUUUGGCUCUUGGCAGCAAUAAAAUUAUGUCAAGACACGCCUCGUCUCUGCAACAAUCAUUGCCGUUAUCUGUUGGUAAAACUGCCGGUGAUCAGGACAGGACGAAAAUAUCAGAGUUCGAGAAAUUGUUGGAAACAAUUCAAUUAUCACCUCGCUUGCAAGAAGAUACUGCUGCCUGCCUUGUCAAACUGAGACAAAAUUUAGCUGGUGAAUGUACGAACAGUAACUAUUCAAUCAAUUCUGUACCACCUCCACUUUCCCUGGGCUAUGAAGGACCAUCGACAUCCUCGCUGAGUAGUAAUUUACUUUCCGACCCUAUUUCAACCUGCCAUAAUUAUAGCUGGUCCCCACCUUUGUAUCAGCCGCAUAAACAUGGUUAGAAGAAAAUUACAGAAUCGUUAGGUCAUCACGAUACAUCAAAUACAACUUUUACGAGCAAUUAAUUUUCCUACUAUUUAAUUUAAUCACAAAUGCAUACACCUUACGAUGUAUCGCAAUAUAGUUGAUGGCAAGAAGAAAUGUUUUGAAGUAUGUUCGAAUUUGUAUAACAGGUCAUUAGAAAUACUUAUGUCGUCAAUUUGAGAAUCCAAGUGUACCUCUCUCUGUGCAUAUUGUACAGUUUCUGUGGAUGUUUAAGGAAGAAUAAAAAACAGAAACAAACAAUUGCAAGUUAAGAUUUUGAUUCUAUAAAUGCUUCAAAACUUAUUUAUUUACAUAUGAAUAAAAUAUAGAUUGAAUAAAGCAUUACAAAUUGAACAUUUCAAUCCUGCGCUAUUGUGUGUAAUCAAUGAUGAACACGAUCUUUGCAAUUAGCAAUCAAAAUUCAAUUCCAAGUAAACUAGCCAAUUAAAGAUGACUAAUACGAAUGAAAAAUAUCAAUUCCUGGAGCUUGCAAUAGAAAUUUAUUAUAAUUAAUAAUACCACUGGUGGCAUGAAUAUUUUACAAUAACUUUUAUUGUUUGUUUGUUUGUCAAUUACCAUAUUUUUCCUUAUACACGUAAAACUGGAUUAUUCCUUCAGUGUACAUU